UUUUCACAAUAAUUUUCCAUUUACCUCUCAUAAAUUCUUGGUUUUAUUUUUUUCACUCUUCUCUGAAAAAAUGGAUCCAAACAACAACCCUUCUAACACCCAAAAUUCUUCUAAUUACCCUUUUAAUUACCCAAAUCCCAACAAUUAUCCAUAUCAAAAUCAAUACUCCAACCAACCCCCAAAUAUGCCAAAUUAUGGUUUGAGACCAGGUUUCUUCAUGCCGUCAGCUGUUCCAAACUAUCAUCCAUACUAUGGUUCGGGGAUGUCAUAUCAAUCUCAACCACCCCCUUAUUCUGCUACUCCGGCGGGUAAUGAAAUUGUUUCAGGCUCUGGAGCAACUGAAUUUCCCGAAUUUUCAACGCAAAUGGCUCUUGGUGAUACAAGUGGUGUUAAUGAAGCUAUUCCAAGCGUCGAUCAUUCAACAUCUGGCCCCCGGAAAAGCCCCAAAUGGACCACUGAGCAAAACUUGGUGCUACUGAGUGGGUGGAUCAAAUAUGGAACCGACAGCAUUGUUGGCAGAAACCAAAAGAGCGAAUCAUUUUGGGGUAAAAUUGCUGAGUAUUGUAAUGAGUUUUGCUCAUUUGAUCCUCCACGUAGUGCAAGUACAUGUAGAAAUCGCUACAACUACGUGAAUACAAAACAGGGAAAAUGGAUUGGCGCUUACGAUAACGCUAAGCGUAUGCAACAAAGCGGGUGGUCGGAGCAAGAUGUAGUGGCGAAAGCGCAUGAAAUAUAUACAGAUGGUGGUAACGGUAAUUUCAGUUUAAUGAAAGAAUGGAUCGUUGUUCGUGAUCAACCACGCAACUGUAGUCAGGUAGGAGGAAAUACUGGCUCUGGAAGCAGUGGAUCUAAGAGAGCUCACGACAAUGAUGCUAGUGACUCCAACUCUGUAGGAUCCAGUGCUCGUCCAAUGGGGAGGGAUGCAGCUAAGAAAACAAAAAAGAAAGGUAAAGGCGCAGUCUUGGAAGUGGUCAACGAAGAGUUUAAUGUAUACAAAAAACUCAAGGAGCAAGAGUUGAAAUGCUUGGACAAUAUAGCCAUGAUGCAAGAGGAGGCAAUUUGAAAGUAAGAGGAGUCAAACAUAGUGAUGAAAGAAAAGACUAGGGCUAUGAAUACAAAAAUGUGGAUGAAGCUAAGUGAAAAGAACUGUCUCAGUGACAAGGAGAAAAAGCUGAUGCAGAAGUUGAGCUACGAAUUAUUUGGAGAAUAAUUGUAGCAAUAAGUGGCUAUCUGUAUAAUGUCACUCCAUGCUUGUCUCUAUCAUGUCACUCCAUGCUUUAAUAAUGUUUGUUUGUCGCUUUCUCCUUUAAUAAUGUUUGUUGUAAGUUCUUGCUUUCAUAAUUUCAUCAAUGUAAUUCGUGAAUUUUGGCUUUUAAUGUCUGAAUCUUAUCCUCUAUCCACUCAA